AUGGAUACUGAGCAACUUUCCCCAGACAAACGAAGUGAUCAUGUCCCCACUGACUUAGAAGCGAGCACGAAACCCCAGACCGGGGAGGCAAGGCCAGGUGAAUAUGGCUAUAUCGACUCGGCCAUCGAGAGAAGAGUCGUGAGAAAGCUCGAUCAGAGGAUUCCAACCCUUCUUGGCUUUUUAUAUCUCCUCGGUUUCCUAGAUCGAUCCAAUAUCGGCAAUGCACGUAUAGCGGGGAUGGAAGAAGACCUGAAUCUCGAUGGGAAUCGCUAUGAAUGGCUUUUAACAAGCUUUUAUAUCUCAUAUCUUGUUUUCCAGUUUCAGGGGAUGAUGUGGAAAAUUAUUCCCCCGCACAUCUGGGCAGCAUUCACCGUCUUUGCAUGGGGUAUCGUUGCAACAUGUCAGGCCGCAGUCUUCUCAUGGAAAGCAGAGAUGGCGCUCCGGUUCCUGCUCGGAAUUUCAGAGGCUGGGUUUGCUCCUGGCAUUCCGUUCAUGCUCUCUUUUUUCUACCGGCGUAAUGAACUAGGGUUCCGAAGCGGUUUGUUUGUCUCUGCUGCUCCCCUAGCCAGCACCUUUGCUGGGGCUUUAGCUUACGGAAUUACAUUGGCACACACGAAGCUCGCGAGCUGGAGGCUAUUAUUUCUUGUUGAAGGCAUACCGACCAUAUUAAUGGUGCCGGUGGUUUUCGGGUUUCUUCCCGAUUCUCCUGCUAAGGCUAAAUUCCUAACUGAGGAGGAAAAGGAGGUAGCUAGAGCUAGGGCAAUGAGGCAAGUCGGAACAGUUGACCGUGGCGGUGGCGGCGUUAGCUGGAGGGAUGCUGCAGACACACUUAUGGAUGCAAAAGCUUGGCUGGUAGCGCUUAUGUACUUUAGCUGCAACGUUAGUUACUCUUCACUCCCUGUAUUUCUGCCGUCAAUUUUAAAGGAGAUGGGAUUCACGGCGAUCAAAGCCCAGGGAUUAUCUGCACCUCCCUACUUCCUUUCAUUCCUGAUUAGCGUUUUUACCCCGUGGGUCGCAGAUCGCUAUCAACAACGAGGCCUAAUAAUUGCGAUUUUGUCAAUUGUGGGAGUUAUUGGGUAUAUUUUGCUUGCUACAUGCAGAUCUGUUGUCCCUCGAUAUAUCGGUGUGUGGCUCGCUGCCAGUGGUGUCUUCCCUUGCAUCGCUAAUAUUCUGCCUUGGGUUUUGAACAACCAAGGCUCCGACACUCGACGUGGAAUGGGAAUCAUAAUUCUCAACAUAGUCGGCCAAUGUGGUCCGCUUCUAGGAAGCAACAUAUUCCCUGAAUCUGAUGGCCCGCUGCAUGUGAGGGGACAAUUGAUCUGUGCAUUAUUUAUGGGAUUUAACUGUUUUCUAGCCAUCUUGUUGCGGACUCUAUUUGCCCGGGAGAACCGCAAACUGGACAUUAGAUAUGGAACGUUGGCUGAGCGAGCAAGACAGAGAGUAGAAAGUGGAGUGCAGUCGGUGAUUGCAGAAGACAAUUUUGGACCUGAUUAUAGAUUUGUACUUUGA